AUGGCUCCCCGCGCCACUCCCCCAUCGUGGGCCGCCUCCGCUCACCCCGGCGCGGCUCCGGCUCGCUUCGUCUUCCUCGUGGCCUGCGCCGCGCUCCUGCUCCUUGCAACCGGCGCCGGCGGAUCCGCCGCGUCGAACCCCGCCGCGGAUGCGAUGGUGGCUGCGACUGGCAGCCGACGGGCUCUGCAAGCCGCACCCGGUUCGAACAACACAACCGGGUCGACCGACACAACCGGGUCGACCGACACAACCGGGUCGAACGACACGACCGGGUCGAACGACACAACCGUCUCGAAUGGCACAACCGGGUCGAACGACACAACCGGGUCGAACGACACAACCGUCUCGAACGGCACAACCGGGUCGACCGACACAACCGGGUCGACCGGCACAACGGGGUCGAACGGCACAACCGGGUCGAACGACACAACCGGGUCGGACACAUACUACGACGACGACUACAUGCGGGACUAUUCUCUAGAAGAGGUCAUCGCAGCCGCGUCGCCGUCCGGCUCGCCGCCCGCCGGCCCUCUCAAGGCGAUGAAAGUCGCGAGCGACGUAAAAUUCGUGGACGUGUCCAAGUCGUUCGACGUGCUCUACUCUCUCGCGAACGCCGCGUGCAAGUUCCCGAACGGCAAGACCAUCUUUCUACCGACGAGCCAGGCGUGGAGCGACGCGCUGGCUGGGUACAAGAAGACGCGCAGCAGCGGCGCGCUGUACGAGGCGCUCGACGCGGUCGCGAGCGGCAACAAGGUGAAGGACUCGCUGGAUCGCGCCAAGAGUGCGACCAAGACGAAGGACCUCGCGAGUCUUGCCGCCAAGGCGAAAGCGUGCAACGCGAAGACCACCAAGGCGCCGCCGAUGUGCUCCCCAAACGUACAUGCUCUCAUUGCUGCUGCUGCUGAUACUACUACUACCAGUUUGCUCUUCACUGCUUGGUCGUCUCAUGGUGUUCCUCCUCUGCUUCCUCCCCGCCCUCCCCCAAACGUGCACUGUUGA